AAACAUACAUAUCUUUUCUAGUUUUCAUUGGGAAGGCAGGUAAAGGGUUUUUAUCCAAACCAAUCACUGUUGAAUGUGAAAACACAAAACUCGACUUAGAACUCGUGCUUAAUUACGUUACUUUUGUUUUGAGACGACUCGCUGUCCGCCAGAGCGGGGCACCUGGCUCACGCCCGGAAGCAGUCCGGUUCCACAAUGAAUGCAAUCACUUCACCCGAACAAAUUCCUCUCACCGGGAUAACCCGGGCCAGAUAAACGAACCACCUCAUUGACGCCUCUGGCUCAAGCCGUCCUCUGUCAUCCGGGUAUCAGCCAUCGAGAGAGUGUGGGUGAGGAGGCGGGAAAUGGCGUCUGGGAGCACAUCGCAGUAUCAGCUACUAGACUGUUCAUAAAAACAGCAAAGCAGAGAGGAAAUAAGAAGAAAAAGAAGAAGCAGCUGCUGUCCGCACCGUGGCAGCGCUUGAUCAGUCAACUCGCUUUCUAGAUAAGGUGGAGUACUGUAAAGUUGCGGUACCUUCCUUGAUGUGGACAAUGUGUUACUACAUUACGCAAGCUCACAUUUUGAACACAUCAUAUUGUCUUACAUGUGGCUCUUAAAACAAUGAUGCUGAGAAUGCGGAAGGCAUCUCAGCAGUCGAGCCCUGCCCAUGCGCCCCGCCCAUCCCGAACCAAGCGGAGGCAUUCAGAAGUGGAGGAGUGCACGUCGACAGGUGGCGGGAGAGGUCUGCUGUCCACCAUUAAGAAAUUAAUCAGAGGAAAUGCUGUCAAGGUAGAGCAGGAGAACCCAGCAAAGAAGACACGGCUCACCUGCGACGUAGACGACAACCUGAUCUGUUCCACACCACAAGGUGGCGAUGCCCCCAGGAGGACCAUCUCCAGGGUCAGCAGGAGAAACUCAGUCAACGGGGAAGCGACAAACCAUGACACGAACCAUGACACGAGUAGUAAGCCUGUGAAGCCCAAUGGGAAGCUGGAAGAGGCGGCAGAGACUUUGACCAGUCCGCCUAGAACCACUCUCCUGGGAACCAUCUUCUCUCCAGUCUUCAACUUCUUCUCACCAGCAAAUAAAAAUGCCACGUCAGGUUCGGACUCCCCAGACCAGGCGUUGGAGGCUGAGGAGAUCGUCAAGCAGCUGGACAUGGAGACUGUGGAGGAGACCCCCACCUGCACUGGCACCACCACAGAGGAAGUGUGUACAACUAUGCCCCUUUACUCCAGCAACAUGCGGCCCCCACACUCUCCAGAAGUACCCAUCGAGGAAGAGGAGGUCGUCACAGACAUGCCUCCUCUCACAGCCCCAGACGCCCCUCCAGUGGGAGGCUAUGUGGAUGCACAGCCCACAGCCCCUGCAGAGGGGACAUACGAGGAGGACUGGGAGGUCUUUGACCCGUAUUUCUUCAUCAAGCAUGUACCUCCACUGACUGAGGAACAGUUGACCAGGAAGCCUGCCCUCCCACUGAAGACCCGCAGUACGCCAGAGUUCUCCCUGGUUCUCGACCUGGAUGAGACAUUGGUGCACUGUAGCUUGAAUGAGCUGGACGAUGCAGCACUAACCUUCCCGGUCCUGUUUCAAGAUGUCAUUUACCAGGUGUAUGUGCGUUUAAGGCCGUUCUUCAGAGAGUUCCUGGAGUGCAUGUCUCAAAUCUAUGAGAUCAUUCUCUUCACUGCCUCAAAGAAGGUUUAUGCAGACAAGUUGCUCAACAUCUUGGAUCCCAAGAAACAGUUGGUUAGACACAGGUUAUUUCGUGAGCAUUGUGUCUGCGUACAAGGGAACUACAUCAAGGACCUGAACAUCCUUGGAAGAGACCUGUCCAAGACUGUCAUCAUUGACAAUUCACCACAAGCCUUUGCAUAUCAGCUUUCCAAUGGGAUUCCCAUUGAGAGCUGGUUCGUGGACAAAAAUGACAAUGAACUCCUGAAGCUUGUCCCGUUCUUGGAGAAGCUUGUUGAGCUGAAUGAGGAUGUGAGGCCACAUGUUCGAGAACGGUUUCGUCUGCACGAGCUCCUUCCCCCAGACUGAUCCCUGGAAUAGAUGGACAGAAGAGAUAACGAAUGAUUGAAUAAACCAACACAGACAUGUAAAAAGCCCUCUUUGGAUUACAACAUUGCCAUUACUGUAUAAGGUUUCACUUUUUCUCUCUUUUUACCCACCAUAGGUUCCCCCCCCCCAUCGAUAACGACAAUGCAAAGUCACAUUUUUGAAGCAACAUCUGGUUAAAAAUAAUUUACAAAGCCACACGUUUAGAUCACAUUACUGUGGGCAAGGUCAAGAAGGCUCCUCCUUUUGACUGGCUUUUUUUCAGGAGCAGUUUCUUUCUCCCUGCUUCUUCUCGGAGGGGCCAAGGUGCUGUCUGUCUGGACUGAAUGUGUUAGCUGACAGAGAAAAGGAUUAUACUUGCUCCCUUUGGUGCUUUCAUGGGACUGUUGACAGUGACACUCAUUGGCUACAGACGAAUUUGAACAGGAAUGGCCAGUAAAGUGUGUGUGUUUUGUGUGUGGGUACAUAGCUUAUCUUUUCUUUCCAGCUUGGGGUUUUUACAACAUUUUUACCAGUAGCCUAUAGGAUCUCAUUAUGCAUUCCUCUAGCUGAAUUUCUUUGUUUUGUAGACACUUGUUGUAACCGCAAUGUGUUAUUUUAUCCCAUUUCACAAUGUUGCAUUUGCUUUUUUCUGGCUAUGUUUUAUGUAGGUGUUCUCCAAGGCUGUUGAUUGGAAAAUAACAUUGAUGUUAUGGUAGGAUAUCCCCAUGCUAUGUCAAAUCAAAUUGAACAAAUUCAAAGCUUCCUGUAUAAUUUGUACUUCUGUUUAAACAAUAGUUUGCUUUAAUUAAUAGGACACUUUGCCAAUAACUAAUCAAUUAGUAUCACUUUCAAGAAAUUUGCAUCAAGGGACAGACAGUUCGUUUGACUAAAUGUUCCCCGCUUUUCAAGUGAUGUGUUACUGACAUUUUUCUUUUAUAGUAACAUUUUUAUUUGUCAUUCAUAUAUUUCAAUGUAUUUUUACUCAACCAAGGUUUUAUUUUUAUGGAUAUGUCUAGUAUUGAAUUAUAACUAAUGUAGAUUUCACCCUUGUCUGUUACUGGGGGCAGAUGGAUGGAUGGCUGGGUCCUGAAACAGCCCAAUGUGUAGCACCACCAGCAUAUAAACAGCAAUCCUCGUCACUGUGGUAUAAACCCAACCUGCCUAGUAGUUUUUUGUUUGUUUUAGGAAUUAGUUUUAUUAUAUGGCUUUAAAGCCUUUUUAAAUGCAGUAGAAAGAAGCAGCGUUAUUGGAGAACCUUCGUUAUGUAUGUCUGGAUGUUUCUGCCCAGACUUGGGAGAGUUGUAGAGAAAUAUACCAUGAUACACUGUCAGAUAUUGUACCUAGUACUUGUUAUUUCAUGCGGCCUAACCAGAUCAUAGACACUUUAUUGAUGACAAACUGUAAGGAAAAAAUUACACCUAAAACGGUUACCGUACCAUGUCCAUUUGGCCCUUUUGUUGAUAUUAUGGACUUGUACAUUAGCUGGUCAUGUAUAUGGUGCCAUACAAACCUCCUUCCUAACAUGAUCAAACAUCACCACCCAUGUCGUCUUUUUUUCUCUCUCUCUUUGGAAGUGUUUUAUAAGUCGGAGACAAUCAAGCCUCUAAUAUCAAAACACUCAAAUCGGAAAGGAAAUUCUGGUCCAUUGGCUCUGUUCUUGUUCUAAAUUUAAUUGUGCCAUGCGAACAAAGUUGUUAGGUGAAUCCAACUGUGCCCUAUCCCAGCUAAUCAUGCAUGUCAUUUUGCCAAACAUCUGAAGGACUGAGGGUUAAAACCCUGUAGAAUACCAGUCCUUUUAGCCUGUUCUCUCUUUGCCUUUCUGGAAAUCAUCGCCCUAUAAAACUGAACUGACAGAAGUUACACUACAGGGCGCAUAGUUUUUAGUUUUUUGCCGACACUAAAUAUUUCCAGACUAUGAAUGUAAUUUUUUCCCCACACUUGAUCCCAAAAUGGGGGGGGAAUUAACUAAUCAAAAGUCCAUGGUCCAAAGGAUCUAUCAAUUUCUCAGAUUUUUGCUGCUUUGAACAUUGAGUAAACAUUUUUCACCAAUCUAAAAAUAUAUAUAUAUAUAUAUAUGAUGGACACCCCAUUCUAUAGCAUUUUCAAAUAUGCAGCCCUAUCCAUACCCACUUUAGCGGUUGGUUGAGAGUUGGCCCCAUAAGCCUGACAUGGCCCCUAGGAGGAUGAACCUGCUCCUUAAAGGGGGCCUGGCACUUCUAUCAAGGGAGAGCUUACUUUGUAAUUGUCAUUUUUAUGUGAAUUAUACCUGUUUUUUUUUUAUUGUACAAUGGAUAUUGUACAAUACAUGCAGCUUUGCGUUAAAAGAAAAUCCUUAAAGGAAAAUCUUUUUGUAUUUUUUAUUUCAAAAGGCAUGUCAUCUACUUUUUAAAUGUAUUCAUCAAGAUUUAACUUCACAUCAGAUGGAGUGUUUUUCUUACAAAUAUCUGUGUAUGUUUAGUUAGGGCAGUGUCACUGAACUGUUAGAAACCUAGCAUGUAUGUACAGAAUCUUGUUUUGUGGGGAAGUCCUGAAUUAAAUUUUAAUCUUGGCACUUUUUCUGCAGAAAAGAGCAACUGUGUUAAUUAACUUUUUUCAAUUUCCAUUAAGGUGUAUUUAAAAUGUAUUUUUAAAUGCUUAAAAUGACAUCUUUGUUAACCAUGUUGUAAAAUGUACAUACCCAAUUGCAUUGAAGUAUUGAACAAAGUUUUAAAGUGAAACCA